AUGGCGUCGCAAUCAGCAUCGCCUCCUGGCGAUUUCAAGCAAGCAAGCAUGAGCGAAAGCCCCGCUCGCUCUCCUUCUGUAUCAUCUCGCAACCCAGACGGCGAGGAAGAGGGCGGUAUCCGGCCGGCCGACUACGACACAGAAACGGUGGAAAGAGUCUACAGGAAAAUUGAUCUCAGAAUUAUUCCCCCUUUCUGGAUCCUGUACUUUCUCUGCUCGGCAAUUCGCUCCAACAUUGGUAUUGCUCAGACGAUGAACCGUGACAAGGGCCAUGAUUUGGAGACUGUCCUUGGGCUCACCCCCAAAGACGUAUCCACUGCUCUCGCCCUCUUCUAUGUGUCCUACGUCAUAUUCGACUUUCCGUCAAACCUCAUCAUGAGCAAACUCAGCCCCCGAGUGUGGAUGGCUAGAAUCGUCUUUGCCACUGGGGUUGUUGGCUCUUGCUUCGCAGCUGUCCAAUCCCCUUGGAGCCUCAAAUUUCUACGCUUCCUCUUGGGCUUGGUCAUUGCUGGCAUGUGGCCGGGCAUGGCUUUUUAUCUCACACUCUUCUAUCCGCCGUCUCGAACAGCCAAGCGAAUUGGCAUGUACUUUACUGCCUCUCAAGUGUCCGCUGCUGUGGUUGGCCUUGUAUCAGCUGGAUUCCAGUUGAUGGAUGGCGACAGGGGCUUGGUUGGCUUCCGAUGGAUGUUUCUCGUAUAUGGACUUGUUGCUGUUAUCCUGAGCUUUGCGCUUCUGUGGUGGCUUCCUGACCGACCCCUGGCACCAGGACAAGAGAGAAAGCGGACUGGCCUUUUCAAAUGGCUUCCAGCUACCCCCGAAGUUCUCACCGGCGAAGAUGCUCAAGUUCACUACUCCGAGUUGAAGCGUGUCUACCAUGCUCGUCCGUGGGGCCUGAGAGAUCUUGGUCUUGUGCUGCUGGAUUGGAGGCUGUGGCCCUUGUGUCUAAUGUACUUUGGAGUUGUCGGAGUCGGAAUAGGCACUCAGCUCUACGGUUCAGUCAUCAUUGCCGCAAUCCAGCCCGAGGCGAGUGAUAUAGUGGUCAGCUUGCUUUUUGCUCCCAUCUGGAUUAUGGACCUCAUCGCCAUUCUCCUGGUGACACCUAUUUCUGAUCGCUUUCAUCGCUUUAGACCAUUCUUCUUCUCCGCAGCCGUCUGCAUCCAGAUUGCGGGCCUACUGACGACCACUUUUGCUCUUCAAAAUGGCUGGGCCCGGUACGGUGGACUUUUGAUGGUGGGCUUCGGCUUGGGACCAACCGUCCCCAUUUGCAUGACGUGGACCUCGGAAAUCUUCCAACGCCGACAUGGCGAGGUUGGUGUGGCAGCUGCCACAGCCCUGGUAUCCGGUCUUGGAAACUUGGGUAGUGUCACCACCACAUACGCCCUGUACUCCGGCUGGCCAGAGGAUUCUAAGCCGGGACCUCACCAGUUCCGUAAGAGCAACCUUACAAUGAUCGGCAUUCUCUGCCUCAGCAUUGUUAGCUCAGCGGCAAUGUUGGUACUGCUCAAGGUCGUCGGCAAUCCCCCGAGCUCCAAGCUCCACGAAAACGACUCAGCCAGCGACUUUGAGGAUGGCGCAGCAAGACGGGAGGCCACGCAACGUGGGUUCGGGAAAUUUUCUCGACGCUCCCGACACCAAGAGAUCUAA